CCAACGUAGAAAAUAAAGCGCUACCACGCAUCCAAGGAACUUUCGGAGAUUUAUUUCCGGGUCGAAUGUAACACGUUCUACCACCGGUAAAUUUGGGAAGAAAGUCCUGGUGUUUUACAGAAAAUUCCAGACUUUACAGCUGUUAGUGGCAGCAUGUCACUUAUCAGCGAGGAAACUGUUCGCGGUAGCAAACCGGUUUUCCGGGAACUUAGCGCUGAAGAUGAAGAACAGCAGCAACCAACGUCUAUUGAAUCCCUUUGCAUGAACUGCUAUAAAAACGGAGUGACACGUUUAUUGCUGACAAAGAUACCAUUUUUUAAAGAAAUCAUUGUGAGCUCCUUCACUUGUGAGGACUGCAAUUGGACCAAUACCGACAUCCAAUCAGCUGGAAGGAUUUGUGAUCAAGGAGUCUGCUACACCCUUAAAAUUAGCUCAAAAGAGGAUCUGAAUAGAGAAGUGGUCAAGGCUGAUAGUGCAACAACUAGAAUCCCAGAAGUGGACUUUGAAAUACCAGCAUUCACACAGAAAGGAGCUCUUUCUACCGUUGAGGGAUUGAUUGACAGGGCUAUAGCUGGCUUGAAGCAGGACCAGCCCAUUCGGAAGGUAACAGACCCAGAUGUUGCAGAACAAAUUGAGAAUUUCGUUAAGAAAUUAGAGAAACUGAAAGAUGUGAGCACUCCAUUCACUCUUAUUAUUGAUGAUCCAUCAGGGAACAGCUUCAUUGAGAGCCCUUGUGCUCCACACACAGAUGAGGCUCUUACAGUUACACAGUACCAACGGACUGUACAGCAGGAUAAAGACUUGGGGCUUGUGAGAUCCCUCACUUUAAGGAAGUCGUCAUCAUGGCUACAAAUUGCGAUGCAUGUGGACACAGGACUAAUGAGGUAAAAUCUGGUGGUGCCACAGAACCUCUUGGCACUAGGAUCACUCUCAGAAUUACAGAUCCUUCAGAUAUGACAAGAGAUCUUCUAAAGUCAGAAACCUGCCGUGUGAUCAUUCCUGAGCUAGAGUUUGAGUUAGGAAUGGCAGUACUUGGAGGGAAGUUCACCACGUUGGAGGGGUUACUUAACGAUAUUAAGGAACUGAUAGUUGAGAAAAAUCCUUUCACUGCUGGAGACAGCACCACACCAGAAAGAAGCAAAAAGUUGCAAGAAUUUGGCAAACAAAUACAAGAGGUAAUUGCUGGUAGGCUGUUAGUUCACUUUGUACUGGAUGAUCCUGCAGGCAACAGCUAUCUUCAGAAUGUGUAUGCACCUGAUCAAGACCCAGAAAUGAAGAUUGAGAGGUACGAACGAACAUUUGAACAGAAUGAGGAACUUGGAAUAAAUGAUAUGCAAACUGAAAACUAUUAGAAUGAACAGAAAAGGCUCUUUGCAUUUAAGGAGUGCUGUGCUGCAGCUCCCAUAAUGAAUUCCACUUUUCCUUUCUCAUUUCUCCCACCUAGUUUUCAUACUUGAACCUAGUGAUCUGCAGCAAUUUCAGACAACUGUAACUUGACUACAGUGAGAGACUAGUCUGACAGCAUCAAAAUCAAAGCCAGUUUAAAUUACCAUGAGCAUUUGUUUUCUGUUACUUUGUAGAACAAAGUCAGAAUGAAUAACUGAGCAUAACCAAAGUGUCUGUGAUAAUGUAUAUAAACACCUUUGUUUUUAAUGCAGUCUUACCUACAAAUGGCAAAAGGCUUGGCCUUUUUUUUUUGUGUGUGACAAGAUCUCACACCUUUCAUUGUUUUGGAUGGAGUAUUACUCCCAGGCCGUUUCUUUUAUCAGAAAAUGCUGUUGGUAUGCAGGAGUACCUUUUCAGUGUUAAGCGUGGAAAGUGGAUUCUAUAAUGUCGAGGAUGAAUUGAAUGACUAUAGCACUUAACACAAGUUGCAAGAAUUUCAGUUAAACACUUAAAUCUAAUUCCUUGUCAUGGUGUUGGUGGUCAAAAUGCCAAAUGUUUAACAGUUAUAAUUGUAUUAUGUUUUACAAUAAAGAUAUAUUUUAUUUA